UUGGCAGUGAAGUGGGCUUGGAACUUUCCAGAAACAAAUUAUAAACCCAAAACCUCGAAAGUACCCCCUUCCCUUCCAGAACUUCUUCAGAAGAAUGCCGGGUCAUUUUCGUCAUUGUGGAUAACAGCGUCGCGGGGUCGCUUGAGAAAGAAGGUUUCAUGAUCCGAGUUGGACCUUCGCUUUCCUUAAAUUCCGCUUCUUCCUCCCAAAUUUCGGCGGUGGCGGAGGCAGUGGCGGAGCAGAAACCGAAGAAGGAAAAAAAUGUCGCAGAACGGGAAAUUGACGCCGAACCUGGACCAACAGAGCACGAAGCUUCUGAAUCUGACGGUUCUGCAGCGAAUCGACCCCUCCGUCGAGGAAAUUCUCAUCACCUCCACUCACGUCACCUUCUACGAGUUCAACACUGAUCUCAGCGAAUGGAGUCGCAAGGACGUCGAAGGAUCGCUCUUCGUGGUCAAGAGGAAUGCGCAACCUCGGUUUCAGUUCAUUGUGAUGAACCGGCGGAAUAGUGAAAAUUUGGUGGAGGAUCUCUUGGGAGAUUUUGAAUUUGAAGUCCAACAUCCAUAUCUAUUGUAUCGAAAUGCGGCUCGAGAGGUCAAUGGUAUUUGGUUCUACAAUCCAAGUGAAUGUGAGGAGGUGGCAAAUAUGUUUAACAGGAUUCUUAGUGCAUAUUCCAAGGUACCUCAAAACUCAAUGGUAUCACCAACAAAGAGUGAGUUUGAGGAACUGGAAGCAGUCCCAAGCAUGGUUAUUAUGGAUGGUCCUUUGGAGCCAUCGUCAUCAACUGCCUCUCAUGUCACAGACGUUCCGGAUGAUCCGGCUUUUGUGAACUUCUUCAGUACGGCUAUGACUAUCGUGAAUUCUUCAACUAAAGCAAUUACUGGACAGCCUUACCAAUCAUCUUCGACAGCCUAUCUACCUUCUCAUCCAUUCGGUGCUGCACCUUCAAGUAUUCCUGGCAUGCGAAUUCCAUGUGCUCCACUGACAACUUUAUCCCCUUUCGUUGACCUCCCUGAAUCCCACAACACCACCAACUUGGCCAGUAAUCUUGUAAAGCCAUCUUUUUUUCUUCAUCCUUCCUCUUCAGCAACAACGAUGCCAGCUGUCACUGCAUCAAGCCGUGCUGCUUCUCUUCUUCACCCUGCUGUAAGUGUGCAACGUCCAUAUGGUGCUCCUUUGUUACAGCCUUUUCCACCGCCAGCCCCUCCACCAUCUCUCACUGCUGCUUCUUUCCCUCCUAACUAUGGGCCACUUAAUAGAGAUAAAGUACGAAAUGCACUCAUGCUGCUUGUACAGGAUAAUCAAUUCAUCGACAUGGUAUAUGGAGCACUCCAGAAGGCACACCACUGAACACCUAAAGGAAGCAGCACAGGCUAGAAGCUGGUUUGUUUUUGUUCAUUGUGUGCCUUCUUUAAAACGCAUGCGUAUGAUGUAUAGGAUUUCGAUUCUCAUUCUCAUGAGAGGGGAACUUCGAUAUAGGGGUAUGUUGAGUUUUAAAUUUGUCUGUGCCAUGUAGUUUUGAAUGUAUGUUUUUUUUGAACAAAAGUUUCUGGAGUUAAAACAUAGUCUAAAACGAAUUAUCAAAUAACAAAAACAAUUAAAGGCAAAUUGCGGA